AUGAAGCUAAGUAAGUCAAUAGUUGAUAAGCUUCGCUCACAAGGUCACUUCAUGUCCAUACAUCUUCGUUUUGAAAUGGAUAUGCUGGCAUUUGCUGGCUGUUUUGAUAUUUUCAACCCCCAAGAGCAAGAGAUUUUGAAGAAGUAUCGGAAAGAAAAUUUUGCACCAAAGAAGCUUGUGUAUGAGGAAAGAAGAGCCAUUGGAAAAUGCCCAUUAACUCCAGAAGAGGUUGGUCUUAUUUUACGUGCAAUGGGGUUUAACAAUUCUACCAGGAUAUACCUAGCUGCUGGUGAACUAUUUGGUGGAGAGAGAUUCAUGAAACCGUUCCGGGCUUUGUUCCCUCACCUUGAGAACCACAGUUCUGUAGAUCCCGCAGACGAGCUAGCAGAAAAUACCCAGGGAUUGUUAGGGUCUGCGGUGGACUACAUGGUUUGCCUCCUCUCUGAUAUUUUUAUGCCUACAUAUGAUGGCCCUAGCAACUUUGCCAACAAUCUCCUUGGACAUCGCCUAUAUUAUGGCUUUCGGACCACAAUUAGACCCGAUAGGAAAGCUCUUGCUCCAAUCUUCAUUGAUCUAGAGAAGGGACGGACAACUGGUUUUGAAGAAGCUGUUAGGCAAGCCAUGCUCAAUACUAACCUUGGCGGGCCCCACAAGCGGAUUCCGCCUGAUUCUUUCUAUACAAAUUCUUGGCCCGAAUGUUUCUGCCAAACAUCUCCAAAGAAUCCAGCGCAUAAAUGUCCACCAGAUAAUGUUUUGGAAAUUCUUAACAGCCAGUUGGGUGAAGCCACUGAUGACCUGGAAUCCGUGCCCCAAUCAAAUUCAACAAUAUCUGUGGCAGAAAGAUGA